AAAAAUCGGCCCAAAGAACGUCCUUGUUGGAGCGAUUGUUUUCAGCCAAAUUGCCCAGAAAUAUUUUGACCUGAAAGAUCACAAAACUUUUGCAGACCUUCGCAAGGUAUCGAAACGAGUUUCUCUUUAAUUGAAUAAUAAUUAAAUGUAUCGAUACGAAAUGUCUUCUAAGUCGGAUAAAGCUGGUUUGAGGUCUUUAAAAUAUAAACUAUUGCUUUUAAAUUAAAAUUUGGAGUAUUUAACAGCCUUUAAGUUUUCUAAUACCUUAUAUGUUAUCUAAUACAUUAUCUCUUAUCUAGUACAUUAUCUAAUUAAUUAUCUCUUAUCCAAUACAUUAUCUAAUACCUUAUCUAUUAUCUAAUACCUUAUAUAUUAUAUAAUACCUUUUUUUAUCCCAUUAAACGCAGAUCAUAAUCGAAUGUCCAAAUUACACAAAAUGUUAUUAUCAAAUUUAAAUGUAAAAUGAUUUUAAAAAUCAAUAGGAAUGCGCAUUAUGUGCUUAUGGUUGAUAUACAUCCGUCUAAUCCUGGUAUUAAACCUAAGAAAUAUGUUAUUAUUGUAGGCUCUGAUCGACACGCCAUACAUGAGCUACACAACAAAUACUGACCAGGCUCUGGACCUCAUCACCAAAGAUGGCAUGUUCACUGAAGCUGCCGGCGCCCGCAGCUAUGCUAGCAAAAUUGUCAUCGUCGUUACUGACGG